AUGGCUCACUUCUCCCCCGUCGGCUCCAUCCACUUUGCCCACCCCUCGGCCAUGCCCAGCCUGAUCCCUUCGACGAGCUCGCUCAGCCACAAGCUUCGCAAGAGCGCAACUUCGGCUCUCAUUUCCAUCCGAUCCAAGUCUUCCUGCAACAACGAGACCAAGUCAAUCAAAAAGAACUCCAUCUCGAAACCUACUUUGGUCCACUCUUCGCAAGACUAUCAAGUCGAUGCCCACUCGCGACCCCUGAGCACGAGCUCGUUCGAAUCGACCACGUCAUCACUCCAACCUUUUUACCACCAAUCGUGGAUGUCCUGCCCAAGCGAUGACUCCAUCCUCUUUCAAGCCCAAGACGCCCCAAGCACCAGUGAAAAGACCGCUUUCGUCGUGAGGCAGAUCGAAUCGUUCGAAGAGGAGAGGAGGCAGGCAAAAGUCGCCGAGGUGGUGCGAAAGGACGCGUUGAUGGACCAGGAAUUGCGAAGGAUGGGAUUUUGA